AUGUCCUACAACCGCCUCGCAAUCUACGGCCACCGCGGCUGGGCCAGUUCCGCCAUCGCCCAAGCCCUCCUCACCUCCGGCGCCCCCGCAAAACUCCUCUACCGACCCGGCUCCAACGCCAAUGGCUUAAAAGGAGACUUCGACGAAAUCGAAGUGGACAUACAAGAUCAGGAUGCUCUCCGUGCAGCGAUGAAAGAUGUUGAUAUUUUGAUAUCCCUCGUCGGCAGAGAAGACAUCCCCCUCCAACACGCCUUCAUCCAAGCAAUCCCCCACACAGAUGUGCAACUCUUCGUCCCCUCUGAUCUAGCUUUCCGGUGUGAUGAGCAGGGUCUUCGGAUUGGGGUUAAUAAGGACAAAGAUGAUGUAGAGAGGGCUGCGAAAGAGGCGGGGAUUUCGACUUGUGUGAUAUUGCCGUGUGUUUUUGCUGAGUCGGGGUUGAAUACUGGGUGA